GAAGCCCGCUAGAAGGCGCUUGGGUGGAAACCCGGAACUGGAUUUCACUGGAACGGCUCGCCCCGGUGAAGACGGAAGCAAUACGGAUUAAAACUAAAUCAAACAGAAGCUCGCUUCAUCUUCGGCAUGUUUAGCGAACAUUGUAGUUGUGAAUACACUGCUUUAAUAGUAGUGUUCCUACGGUCUUGGUGCUUUAUCAAACAGAAACAGUGACUGUUACUGUUAAAGAUCCAGGCCGGGAUUUUGAAUACCUGAACACCAGCCGUUCUGGGCUAUGAAAAAGGACAAUUUCAAGUUAGAGCCGGUCAGAGCGAGCCUUGUGGAAAGGGGGUGUGUUGAAAUUUGGCAAAGCUUCCUGUUUGUCAUUCGAAUAGCACUGCUGAAUCUCCAUCAGGAGUUCUUCAAGGCAGUCGAGAAGAUACAAGGUGCUAAAAACGGAAAAUGGUACCGAAGACCAGGCUUGGGAAGCGUUCCCCACUGGGCACCCUGGUGUGUGGAUCCUCAGCGGAUGGCUUGACAGAAACGGGGCCCCAUGGAUGCCCGGAAAAUGGGCUUCACAGAAGCAAGCUUUACCCAGGACAGAAGGUGUAUGUGCACUGCGGAGGACAAGAAUGUGGAGGUGUGGUCGAACAGCAUAACCACGUGGACAAUGAGGUUUCUAUCUUCCUGCCCCAGCUCAACCAGCACGUUCAUCGCAAGCUGGAAGACGUGUGGACGAGCCCCACGUCCAGUUCUACCUCCUCAGUCUCCUCAUCCAUUGAUGUGCCAAGAAGGAAUCCAGAGACAGUGGACAUGGAUGAGAUUAUGGCUGCAAUGGUGCUUACAAGUCUUUCGUGCAGUCCAGUCAUCCAACACACAGCUCCAGGGAGCGCAACUCCAGCUUUGUGUGGAAUGGAAAAUGCUGGUGGUGAACUGUCUGAUGCUGGAUAUUGGAGCUGCGACCAUGGAAACGGAAGCCCCACCCCAUCCCCACCCAUCGCAGAGCUGGACAAGAGCGCCCCUCUCGUUGAUGAAGGCCUGGACAUGGAACUGGACCAAAUGUUGUUUAAUGAGCCAACGCCAAGGAAACGCAAGAACUCAGUAAAAGUUGCAUAUCGGUGCUUGUGGCCAAACUGUGGAAAAAUACUGACCACAGUAGUAGGCAUCAAACGUCACAUCCGAAAUUCUCAUCUUGGACAAAGUGAUGAACACUCCCAAAGGGAAGAAGACUUCUACUACACUGAAGUCUAUCAGGACUUGGAGCAGAACGCUCCCCCUGGUGGCCACCGUCCUUCCUGCGCUUCCCCAUCCAGUCCCAGCCGGCACACGCCCCCUUCUCCCUCCACCCCGGAGAUGCUCCGGCCCAGCCCGCUCAGCCAGUCAGCCCCGGGCAGCUUCUGGCAGGUCCAUUCUGAGCACUCUUACCAGGCUCCUCCACCCGUUCAGGUUGUGACUCAGUGUAAACCAGUGUCUGUUCCUGUGUCCUGUCAUUGGACUCCACCUCUCACAGUUCACCAGAGCAAACAGGGCUCACCAUUCCGCCGUCGUUCAGUUAGUGUUGGUGAACAGUGGCUCCAGAAUAACAACGCCACCUUCAGGCCACAUCCUGCCAGUGUUUCACCUCCAAGAAACCAUUGCACUUCCAGGAGGAUUCGGGGCGAAGCCAAGAAAUGCAGGAAGGUGUACGGCAUUGAACACCGAGACCAGUGGUGCACCGCCUGCCGCUGGAAAAAGGCCUGUCAGAGAUUCCUCGACUGAAUCCUUCUUGAGAUCGAUGGAAACAGAACACUAUCCUUACAGAGACCCACAAGAGAGGAACUUAUCUGGAACUGUGGUUGGAGGAAACCAAAAAAGCACCUUUGCGACUUAAAACUUUUUCUACUUUUUAAUCACGAUUACGUGUUUUGUUUUUUAUUAAAAACCAUGUUGGUGCUGGAAAAAUUAAAAAGCGAAAAGGACAGCCUCUGCCCCACAACUCCUGCAGUCUUCCUGCAUCUUAUCAUAUCAAGAACUGAUGAAGUGUGACCUUCCUUACAUGCAGUAAACAGCCAUAUACUUAAUGUAUAUGUAAAUUGUUUAAUGUGGUUCAAAUAUUGUUGUCAUUAGAUACAGAUGGAAAGUUUACUUAUCAUUCCAACUUAAUAGCUGAAAUGAGACAGGAGAGACUUUACUGUGGCCCAUUGCUUUCAGGGGCAAAAUUGGCAGCUUAUGGUUAAUUGUAGAUUAACAAAAGAAACCAGAGUAAAUGUUUCAACACCAUAUAACGUGUUAAUGUAUGCCAUGUUUACCUGCUGAUAAGCAGUUUUUUUCUUCGAUUUCCAGGGCAAAGUUUUGUAAAACAAACUUUUGAAAAGGAGGAAAACAGGAUUUUGUAUUACAGUUUUGAUAUCUGUGAUGUGUUAAAGCCUAUGUCAUGUCAUUAUCAUGUAUAUGUCACAGGUUAUACUUCU